ACGUGAUAAGAUAAGUUGAGGGGGAAACUUUGCUCGGGAAGACUGUCGGGGCAGGUGAGAAGCCAAAAGGUUGGACCGGCUUCAGGAUCGAGUCAGUUGACAUCUGACGCAGCGUCUGUGUGCACCAUGCUGUGGGCCGCCAGCCUCUGCCUCCUCUUGGCCUCGUCCGUCCUCGCGGCGCCGACAAACAAACCGAGACAGAAGGUGCUGUUGAUCUCCUUCGACGGAUUCCGGUGGGAUUACGACCGCGAUGUGGACACGCCGAACCUCGACAAAAUGGCCGUGGACGGAGUGAAAGCCCUGUAUGUCACACCUCCCUACCUCACCAUCACCAGCCCGACACACUUCACCCUCUUGACAGGCCGCUACAUCGAGAAUCACGGGGUGAUCCACAACAUGUGGUUCAACACCACCAGCGGUCAGAAGUGGCCGUACUAUCAGACUCUGUUUGUGAAUGAGUGGUGGGACAAUGGCACUCUGCCGAUCUGGAUCACAGCGCAGAGACAGGGUCGGAAAGCUGGCUCUCUUCACUUUCCUGGCACAGCUUGCACUUACGACGGAGAGACCGCGAUGAUCCAAGAAGUGGAGCCAAUUCUUUACGACUACAAGAACGAGACCGCUUGGCAGGUGAACACCGACAAGGUGAUGAGCUGGUUCAGAGACCAGGAUCUGGACUUCGUGUCCAUGUACUUUGGCGAGCCAGACGGCACGGGCCACAGGUACGGCCCCGACUCCCCGCAGCGCCGGGAGAUGGUCGCGCAAGUUGACCGACAGGUGUGCUACAUCCGAGAGUCAGUUAACCGACACGGGCUGAGCGACCACCUGAACAUCAUCAUCACAGCUGACCACGGCAUGGCCACGGUGUUACGCGGCGGUCUGGUGGAGGAAAUCAUCUUGUCCAAGAUCCCGGGUUUCUCAUUCAGCGACCUCUCCUUCCACCUGGUGGAUUACGGUCCUUCCGGGAUGCUGCUGCCAAAGCCGGGCAUGCUGGAUAAGGUUUACAACGCCUUGAAGGGGGCCCAUCCGCACCUCCACGUGUACAAGAAGGAGGACAUGCCGGAGCACUUCCACUUCUCCAAGAACGAACGUAUCCUCCCCAUCAUCUUGUGGGCCGACAUCGGAUACGUAAUAAACGGGUAUUUUCCGGUUCAGUUCAACAAGGGCGAGCACGGCUACGACAACCAGGAGAUGGACAUGAAGCCCUUCUUCAGGGCGGUGGGGCCGGCGUUUCACAGGAACCUGCAGGUGGGGCCCUUCGAGACGGUGAACAUCUACCCCUUGAUGUGUCACAUCCUGGGCAUCGAGCCGGAGGUCAACGACGGCGACCUGAACGUCGUCAAACACAUGCUGGUGACGAGUGAGGCGACGACUCCAGAGACGACUCCGGUUAAAGCUCAAAACUCGACCAGGCACAACGUCUUCACUGGUCUGGCUGCAGUGGCUGGAUUUCUCACUAUAGUUUUCAUCGCGUCGUUAGCCAACAAGUUCAUCAGGAAGUCACACAAAGACAAAAGAGAGGACAUUUCUGACAAUCUUCCAGAGAAAGACGAAGAUUCAAAAGUAACUUCAUUCUAAUCGUUGUGCAGAAAAAAGACUCUACAGUCUGAGAAACGGCUGCCUGUGGACGGUCCUUUCACUCCUCACUGAUUCUAUUAUUUAUACCAUGUAAAUAAUGUAAUGAUUAAUUAUUGCUGGUUCAAAAAUGUGUAAUACAAAUGAAGAGAAUUGGUGGAAAACAAUUAAUAAAGUAACUUAUCAGCUUUGU